AUGUCAACUACAACUACUCGUUCAGGAACGAAUCCAAAGCCAAUUAAACGUAAUCCAUAUUUAUCAACCCUUCGUCAUUUAACUAAUAAAGAUGUAACCAAAGCAGCUUAUACAUUGUUAGAGGCAUUUGCUGAAGACAAUUUGGCUAAAAUGUUGGUUUGUCAUAUAGAAGAUAAAGCUGAACGUCAAUUAUGUGAACUUACUUUGUAUGAAGCUUAUAUUAGACAGCACAUUGCCAAAGGUAUUGUCAUUGGUCAAGGUGAAACUGAAUCUGGGUUUGAAACUGUGUCGAUAUGGUCACAUCCCAAAUCGGAAGAAGAAGGGUUGGAUUCAUAUACCAAUUUAAUGGAAGCCGGAUAUGGUAAAGUUUGGAAUGUUUAUGGUGAAGAAGGAAGGAAAAAAGUGUUUUAUGGAAUGUUACCACUUUUACAUGAUCUGUGUGAAAGAAUUAUAAAUAAUGAUUCUCGAUUUAAAAAUAAAAACGUAUAUACGUUGGUUUAUGUUGGUUCUUCCAAACAAGCUAGAGGUAAAGGCAAUUUAAGGAAAUUAUUUGAUUAUAUGUUUGAAACAUAUAUUGAUAAUGAUGAAAACAGUAUCACAUAUUUGGAAAGUAGUUCUCCAGCAAAUAUCCCAAUCUAUAAUAGAUUUGGUUUCCAUGUAGCUGAAGAUAUAGUUUUAGGAGAAAAAUGCGAUGAUGCGGUUAUAGGUAGAGAUUAUGCUGUGAUGAAUGUUAUGAUCAGAGGUAAUAAAGGACACGAUUGGACAAAAGAUGAAAAUGCUUUCAAUUCUAAAGGGAAAUUAUAA